AUGACUCUAUUUGCUUUGGGAGUAUUCUUCUUCGUGACUGUCAUUCCUACGGGAUUUGCUGCACCAAAAUCCUUAAAAGUUGGAGCCCUGUUUCACGAAGAAGAACAAGCCAACUACUUGGCAUUCAACAGAGCUCUCGAUGAAAUACAAAAAGACGCACUUCUAUUGAGUUAUCAGCUUGAGCCAAUUACCGUAUGGGUGAAUUGCAGCACAGAUAGCUUCAAGACAUAUCUUGCCGCUUGCCGUCUCAUUGAGCAAGGUGUGAUAGCGAUAUUCGGGCCUGGGAAUCCACUCACAAGCAAUAUCGUCUCCAGUAUCACAUCAAGAUAUGAUAUUCCUCAUAUCGAAUAUAUAUUCAAACGAGUCGAUGAUUCCCACUUUUCCGAUACAACUAUCAAUAUGUAUCCAGAUGCAGGAAUCAUCGCGGAGGCCCUCGCAGACCUUUUAGAGAGCACGCAUUGGACACAGUUCACUGUGCUGUAUGAAACCAACGACGGACUAUCACGAUUACAGAAAUUAUUGGAGAACCAUGGCCCGAAGGACUUUCCUGUAACGAUACGCCAAUUGAACCCAAGUUACGAUAAACUGACAAAUGAACCGGAUUAUCGAACUUUGUUGAAAGAAGUGGCCAAUUCAUCGGAUUUCAAUAUUAUUCUUGAUGUUAGGCCUCAUAAUAUAAAGAGAAUUAUAGAACAAGCCCGUCAAGUCAAACUUCUUGAGGAUUACUACCACUAUCUGAUCACGGAUUUGCAUUCGCCCACAGCCAUGAUAGCGGAAAUUCUCAACAAAUCGAGUUCAAAUGUGACGGUCCUUCAAUUAUUAACCGACGAAAUUACUGAAUAUGAUUUGACUACGGUGGAAAGCGCCGUAAUUUUUGAUGGAGUUUUUGUCCUCAAUGAAGCUUUAAAGCUGUUCAAAAAACAGCGCGAGAAUGAUGAAGAUGAGGGUGUGGAUAUUGAGCCAGGAUCAUAUAUCUGCAGUAAUCCUGGGAAGUAUGCUGCUGGCCUUAGCCUAGUGUCUCUCAUGCGAGGGAUAACGACAGAUGAGAGUGUGAGUGGGCCAAUACUCUUCCGUGAGGGUGGUGGCAGAUCCUUCAAAUUGACAUUGAAAGAAUUUUACAAUGAAAGAAUUUCCACGUCUGGUUACUGGGAUGAUGGAGAAGUGACGGUUAUUGGUACUCAAGAAGAUCGUGAAGCACAGGCGCAACAAAGCAUUGAAAAAAGAAUAUUCACAGUCACCACGAGACUGGGAGAACCUUAUGUAAUGGAAGUGACAGACGGGUCUUUGAGGGGAACGGCAUUUAUAGGCACAAAUAAACGUUAUGAGGGCUAUGCUAUCGAUCUCAUCGACGAACUGGCGCAAUUACUCAAAUUUACCUACAAUUUUGAGCUUGUGCCGGGUAAUAACUACGGAACUGAAGAUCCGGAGUCGCGACAGUGGGAUGGUCUCAUCGGUCGUCUUUUACGACGAGAAGUAGAUUUGGCAAUAUGUGAUCUCACGAUAACAAAAGCUCGAGAAAGUGCAGUUGAUUUCACAAUGCCAUUCAUGGAUCUUGGAAUAAGUAUUUUAUUCGCUAAAUCAGAAACCAAGGAGCCGGAGCUUUGGUCAUUCCUUCGGCCAUUCUCUGUGGAUGUUUAUAUAUACUUGGCUACAGCUUGGGUUUCCGUGUCCCUGCUGUUUUUCUUGCAAGCAAGGAUGGCUCCUGAAGAGUGGGUUGCUGAUCGACCUUCUAAUUCUGAACCCGAGGAACUGGAGAAUAGUUUUGACCUGAAGAACUCACUGUGGCUGACUACUCCAUCGAUUGUACAAGCGGGUUCAGAUAUACUUCCUAGGGCCGAUUCCACUCGUUUGGCAGCAUCUAUGUGGUGGUUCUUCAUCCUUAUAAUGGUAUCUUCUUGGACUGCGAACCUAACUGCCUUUCUCACUGCGACGAAAAAGGAUGUAUCUAUCAGUAGUGUGACAGAACUCGCUGCCCAAACUAAAAUCAAGUAUGGAGCUAUAAGAGGCGGUUCAACAGCCGGAUUUUUCAAGGGUUCGAAUACUACAAUCUAUAAAAAAAUGUGGGCAGCAAUGAAUGAAGCAAAACCAAGCGUCUUCACUGAGAAAAAUGAGGAAGGUGUUGAGAGGGUUGAUAAGGGAAAGAGAACUUAUGCUUUCCUCAUGGAAUCGACUGGUAUUGAGUACGCUAUAGAACGAAAUUGCAAUCUGGUGAAAGUCGGCGACCUGCUUGAUAGCAAAGGAUACGGAAUUGCUCUGCCGCCUAAUUCACCGUACCGCACUCUUUUCAGUGAAGGCAUUCUCAAGCUUCAGGAGAGGGGUAUCUUGCGUCAAUUGAAAAACAAAUGGUGGUUGCAAGGUAGUAAAAACUGCACUGCCAAUCAACCACUACCGUCGUCGGGUAGACUGACUAUGGUUCACGUUGGGGGUGUUUACUUGGUUUUCAUAUUCGGCCUUUUCUUGGCUUUUCUUUUUGCAAUAUUCGAGUGCAUAUGGAAUGUACGGAAAAUAGCCAUUGAGGAAAAAAUCACACCACUUGAAGCAUUCAUCGAUGAAUUCAAAUUCGUUGUGAAUGUGACUGCCCACACUAAGCCCGUUAGAAGAUCAAAAUUAGUUAAUAGCAGUCGCAGUUCGACUGAAGGAUUUGCUACUGCGGUAGCUGCGAAACGCUCGAUGGGAGGAUCAUUUCUUGAAUUGGAUAUUUUGAAUAGCACAGAUAGCAACAAACAAAAUCCGAAUAAUAUGACUGAUCAUACGGAGUAA